AUGUUUCUCCAGCGUGGAUCGAGAGCUCUCCGCUCGCAAUGGGGAGCUUCCAAGGCCGUAGGCCGCGUUGCCAUGGGCAAAACACCACAAUCCGGGGUCCCCAGAUGGUUCUCCGAAUCUAGACGCCUGUGCGCGGUCAAGCCCGUCCUGCUGGCGGAUAUUGGUGAAGGCAUCGUCGAAUGCGAAGUCAUCCAGUGGUUCGUCGAGCCCGGCGCCCGCGUCGAGGAGUUUUCCCCGCUCUGCGAGGUCCAGAGCGACAAGGCCUCGGUCGAAAUCACGUCGCGCUUCACCGGCACCGUCAAGAAGCUCUACUACGAGGCCGGCGAAAUGGCCAAGGUCGGCAAGCCCUUUGUCGACAUUGACAUACAGGGCGGCUCCGCCGCCGAUACCGAAGCACCACCAGCCCCGGCCCCGGCCAAGGAGCAAGAAGCGCCUGCGACUCCUGCGCCGACGGCAGCACAGUCUCCGGCUCCAGCUCCCGUCUCUACGCCUACAGAACCGCCCGCCGCGCCCCCAAGACAAAAGGGCAAGGGCGCCUCCAUCUCGACGCCCGCGGUGCGCCACCUCUCCAAGGAGCUGGGCGUGGAUAUCAACGACAUUGACGGCACCGGCAAGGACGGGCGCGUCAGCAAGGAAGAUAUCCUCAAGUUUGUCGAGAAUAGAGACGCCGCCGCGCCUGGCGGGCCGUCGGCCGUCGCAUCUACCGCGCCGGCCGACACGUCGGUGCAGACGGAGACGAGACAGCCGCUCACGCCGACGCAGCAGAUGAUGUUCAAGACCAUGUCGCGCUCGCUCACCAUUCCGCACUUUCUCUACGCCGACGAGAUUGACUUUUCGGACCUCGUCAGCCUCCGCAGUCGCCUCAACAAGGUGCUCGCCAAGACGCCCCAAAACAACGACGGCCAGCUCGCCAAGCUGUCCUACCUGCCCUUUAUCAUCAAGGCCGUGUCGCUGGCGCUGUACCAGUUCCCCAUCCUCAACGCGCGCGUCGAGCUCGAUCCGACCACCACCACCACCAACGGCAAGCCGUCUCUCAUCAUGCGCUCCCAGCACAACAUUGGCGUCGCCAUGGACGCCCCGCAGGGUCUCGUCGUGCCCGUCAUCAAAAACGUCGGCGCCCUCAACAUCGUCUCCAUUGCCGCCGAGCUCGGCCGGCUGCAGGCGCUCGCGCAGCAGGGCAAGCUGGGCCCAGCCGACAUGGCGGGCGGCACAAUCACCGUCUCCAACAUUGGCAACAUUGGCGGCACCUACCUGAGCCCCGUCAUUGUCGAGCGCGAGGUCGCCAUCCUCGGCAUCGGCCGCAUGCGCACCGUCCCCGCCUUUGACGAGCACGACAACAUUGUCAAGAAGCAGAUUUGCAACUUUAGCUGGAGCGCCGACCACCGCGUCGUCGACGGCGCCACCAUGGCCCGCGCGGCCGACGUUGUUCGCAGCGUGGUGGAAGAGCCCGAUGUCAUGGUCAUGCACCUUCGCUAA